CAGACGACAGGUGCACAGAAGACCUAAAGUCGGACAGACUGACGGACAACCAUGCCGACGGAGACUUUACCUGAGCCCCAGACCGUACGUGUGGUGAACGGUGGGGCGAAGAUCAUCGUGGAAGAGGAUGUUCUCAGCCCAGAUGAUCUGUCAGAACUGCUAGCUGAAGGGACAAAGGAGUCACAUGACAGGGCGGAGAACUGCCAGUUUGUCAAAGACUUCCUCAGAGGGCGAAUCAAAAGAGAGCUCUUCAAGAGAGGGAGCGUGGCUCUCUACUUUGUCUACUCGGCCAUGGAAGAGGAGCUGGAGAGGAACAAGGAUCACCCCCAGGUGGCUCCUGUGUACUUCUCAGCAGAGCUGGACCGACGGGAGGCUCUGGCCCGGGACCUGGAGUACUUCUACGGAGAGGACUGGCAGAGCCAGGUGAGUGUGUCCCCAGGUACCAAGCCCUACGUGGACCGCAUCCACCAGGUGGGAACUGAGGACCCGGUCCUGCUUGUGGCCCACUCCUACACCCGCUACAUGGGGGACCUGUCAGGGGGUCAGAUCCUGAAGAAGGGAUGUCAACGGGCGCUGAAGCUCCCGUCCUCGGGUGAGGGCCUGCUGUUCUACCAGUUUGAGGGCAUCCAUAACGCCCGGGCCUUCAAGCAGCUGUACCGCAGCAGGAUGAACGAGCUGGAGCUGGACGCCCGCACCAAGGACAGGAUCGUAGCCGAGUCCAACCGGGCCUUCACGUUCAACAUGGAGGUGUUCACAGAGCUGGAGCAGGUGGGGAGCACCCUCCAGGAGGAGGUGCAGGACGCAGGGUUGGGUCACGGUCACGGAGGAGUAGAGAUGCAGGGAGACAUAAACACGUGUCCUUACUACGCUGGCAAGAUGGCUGCCAGCGGGAACACCACCCCUCUCUGCCAGAUGGCCAUGAUGUUCCUACAGCACCCAACCUGCCAGGUGGUGCUGGCCACAUGGGUGGCUGCUGUGGCGGGAUUGGCUGCCUGGUACCUCAUGUGACCUGUCACAGACACAUUCAGCCAAUCAGGUUUGAACGACAACAAAAGGAAUGUUUUUUUU